UGAAAAAGUUGAAAAAUGCUCUCGCGUACACCCAAAAGAAGCAGUUCUGGCAUUCAAUGCUAGUUUGCUAGUAUGAUUUUAUUUAAUUUUGGCUGGUGUUCAGACUUCCCUACGUGUGUACAACAAAGCUCGCCCGAUAAGAUCAUCACCUGGGUGCUGAUAUUAAAUGUCUUUCGCUAGACUUUUUCUACCAGCAAGACCUGCAUAUGUGCGUUUUGCCGACGCGUCGUGAUCUCUGAUAACACAUAUCUAGGCCCCUGUCCUAUACCUAGCUGCUGCUUUUCGGUGUAAUCUUGACAUUAUUAUUUUUUCGUCAACAAGCUCGACGGCUUUUGCCGAACCCCGCGAUAUCUCACACACGGUAGCCGGCACUGGUGUAGGUUGGUUGUCUCUUUUUCCAGGAUCAUGAUGGCGUACGAGACGAAGCUGGAGUUCCGGACCGGAAAUUGGUCCCUCAAGUGGAUCAAGUUCUUCCUGUUCAUGACGAACCUGAUGUUUGUGUUUACCGGAGUGCUGGUGAUUGCGACAGGAGUUGCCGUCGAAUCGGUGUACAAAAAUUUCACCAGCUUCGUCGAUGAGCAAUUCUACUCGCCGACGCUGAUGUUUAUCGCCGUGGGAGUGAUAACACUGGCGAUUGCAACGUUCGGAUUUAUUGGCACGUUUAGGGAAAGUGCACUGCUGAUCAAUAUCUACUGUGGAAUACUGACGGUAGUGUUUUUGCUGGAAGUUACGGCGACCUCGGUCGGAAUCUACCAUCGUCGCGAGGUAGACGGAAUUCUUAUGCAAACACUGAACAGUUCGCUUCAGCGUUACCCGUGGAACAGUAACUUGCAAGAAUCGGUUGAUUUCAUGCAGAUUGAGUUGGAGUGCUGCGGUGUAACGAGAUAUCAAGAUUGGGAGGAUGUCUUCGCGGUGGUCGAUCUGGACAGUGGGAACCUACAAGCCGAACUACCAGCUUCUUGCUGCCAACUCUACCAGGAUGGCGCAUGUGUGCCAUUUCAAACUGGAUGCUACCAAAGGAUGAAUGCACUGCUUCGACACUGUCUAAAAACCGUCAUCAGUGGAUUAUUGCUCGUUGCCUUCGUUCAGAUUUCCGCGGCGAUGUUCUCCUUCAUUCUUGGCAAGCGGAUAAGACUGAUCAAAACCAGAUGUUCGCUGGAUCGGUCAAAGUAUCAAGAGACCAUUUGUUCGUUCGACUAUCGACGUUUGAACGAGAUUUCGAAUGAAAAACCAAAGAUCUAAGCUUUCGCGGAUCGCGUUACCCAAAGUUUACUGCGAAAUUAUAUCCAGCAAACCACCAACGCUAUCUCAGCGCCCGUAUAUCUUAUCACUUCUUUAGAUUAAGAUUAUAAUUACGAUGUCAAAAUA